AUGAGCUUAUCCCCUUUGGUUCGGCAUGCACGCUCUCAAGACGUCCCUCUGAUCCUGAGUUUCAUCCGCGCCGCUGCAGAGGAACAAGCACCAGAAGCCGAAAUAGGUGCCACUGAACAAGCACUUUCAGACACACUGCACCUGCAAGAUGUAACGGACUCAAAAGCCAGUCGAAUCGCCUGGCCACUGCUCAUCUACUCACCAGACGACGUGCCAGCAGGCUUAUUGAUCUAUUUUUUCAAUUACUCGACCUGGUCGGCUGCUCCUGGUGUCUGCUUGGAGGAAUUGUAUGUCGUCCCGAAGUACAGACGCGAUGGGUAUGCGCGGCUUUUAGUCGAGGCGAUGGCGUCUGCUGCGGAGGAAGCAGGAUGUGUGAAGAUGGAUUGGGUCUGUCUGAUGAAUAAUGAGAAGGCUUUGAGGUUCUAUGACAAGCUUGGUGCGAAGCGCAUGGAGGAUUGGGCUGUUCUUAAGGUUGAUAAAGCGACGAUUUCGAGAUUGUCGGGGAAAGACAGUGUCUAG